AUGAAUGCCCCGGCAAAGGAAUUAGUAGUAUUAUCUGGACAGGGGGAGGUGUGGCAGAACCCCAGCAAAGAAAAGUUCUGUCAGUAUGGCUGGCAUUGCUCCACCAAUGAGGAUGCCUACUCAACAGCCACUGUCAUGGGCAGCUGGUCCGAGCAGCACUUUGACAUUUGCCACAUGUUCUGGUGCCACCCCCUACCUUCUCAGUACUCUCACUACUUUGAAACAACGUAUUCUACAGUCUACAACAAGGAUGCAGUGCGUCCUUACACUGCUGGGUUUAGGAGAUGUCCUAUGUCCUUUCCCAGGACAUCAGCCUGAACUGAAACCACUGCACACCAAGUGCAUUCCAAAUUCCUCUUACAGAUUAGAUUUCAG